GCAGGGCGGGCAUGUGGGCUCCAUGGGUCGUAGGGGUGUGAGGAAGGGGGCAGUUCCUGGCAAGAGGGGCAGUCCGGUUGGGACUAUAUUCUCAGCCUUCUGGGAGAGGCCUUUGUCCUUAUGGGAAGGGGCCCAAGUCCCCAGGGAGGGAGGGCUCUGCUGGGUGUGUGCUCGCCCUGCGGCCUCUGCGGGGCUCAGUCUGUGCUUCUGUCCCUCCCGCCUCUUCCUCACACUGGAUCCUUCCAUGCAUAUGUGUCUGUCUCUUUUUUUUCUUUCUUUCUUUCUCUUUUCCUGCCUCAGCCCCAUCCUGCCAGCCUUCUUCUUCCCUCUGAUGCCUGCUUCUUCCUCCAGCCUGCUUUCUGGACGGCCCUGGGCAUCCCUCCAGCCCGCCCAGUGCGCUGGUCCCAGCUCAGCACAGGGUCAUUCCGGAUGAACUUGCUUCCCCCAGGACCCCGCCUGCCUUCCGGAACCUUUCUCUCCUUCCUCUUCCUCCUCCAGGCCAGAAUAUCCUGUAUCCAGAUCCUGCAUCCUGAGGUCACAGGGAACACGGGCUCGCCUCUCUGGAUUCCCCUAGGAGGACUCCACCUCCCAGGGACCCUCCCCUAUAUGGGCCAGACCCCAGGAGGCCACCAGCUUAUCCCAACAGGGGUCCCCUGCACCACCUCACUUCUCUGGGCCCCCAGUCGAGGCCCCAGGGCUUCCCCCUCCCUCUGGGACAUUUCCCAACCCUGAUUAAUCAUGGGGCGGCCCCAGGGAGGAGGAAGGAGAUGGCAUGGCUUACCAUAAAGCAGCACUGGACGCCCAAGCCAGGCUCGAGGACCCAGGCACCCCAAGGUCAUGAGGCUGAGAUUCAUCUGUGCUCUGCUCUCUCUCCUGGCAGGGCACAGCAGGGCAGACACUCGAGCCAUUGGGGCUCAGGAAUGCCGCCCCAACUCACAGCCCUGGCAGGCUGGCCUCUUUUUCCUCACCCACCUCUUCUGUGGGGCAUCCCUCAUCAGUGACCGCUGGCUGCUCACAGCUGCCCACUGCCACAAGCCGUAUCUAUGGGUCCGCCUCGGGGAGCACCACCUCUGGCAAUGGGAGGGUCCAGAGCAGCUGUUCCGGGUCACGGACUUCUUCCCCCACCCUGGGUUCAACAAGGACCUCAGUGCCCAUGACCACAAGGAUGACAUCAUGCUGAUCCGUCUGCCCAGAGAGGCACACCUGGGGUCUGCUGUGCAGCCUCUCAACCUCAGCCAGACCUGUGCCUCCCCAGGCACCCAGUGCCUCAUCUCGGGCUGGGGUGCUGUGUCCAGCCCCAAGGUGCGGUACCCACUCACGCUGCAGUGUGCCAACGUCAGCAUCCUGGAGCCCAAACUCUGCCAUCGGGCAUAUCCGGGCCAUAUCUCAGACAGCAUGAUCUGUGCUGGCCUGUGGGAAGGGGGCCGGGGCUCCUGCCAGGGUGACUCUGGAGGUCCCCUGGUUUGCAACGGAACCCUGGUGGGUGUGGUGUCUGGGGGUGCCGAGCCCUGCUCUACACCCCAGCGCCCCACCGUCUAUACCAGCAUAUGUCACUACGUGGACUGGAUCCAAAAGACCAUGGAGGACAACCCCCUCAGCGCCCCUUCACUCACACCCAGGGUUCCAGUUCCCCGAAGCUCCGCAGGCCCGGGAGCAGGAGGCGGCGGAGCAGGAGACGGGGAUUCCCGGUUAAAAGGCUCUAGGAUCCUGUACCAAGCAGGCAGAGCUGCGGUACCCGGGCCUCUUUGGGCCGGAAUCAACCCCACCAUGGGACGCCCCCAACCAGCUGCACUCUGGACCUGCAUGUUUCUGCUGCUGCUGUUGGAAGCCUGGGCAGGACACUUGAGGGCGCAGAAGUCCAAGGUGCUGCAGGGCCAGGUGAGGGCCCAUUCACAGCCUUGGCAGGCAGCCUUGUUCCAGGGCAUCCGGCUGCUGUGCGGGGGUGUCCUUAUAGAUGACCAAUGGGUCCUCACGGCAGCCCACUGUAAAACAACGAAGUACACAGUAUGCCUGGGAGAGCACAGCCUGAAAAACAAGGAAGGAUCAGAGCAAGAAAUGGCUGUGGCUCAACCCAUCCCACACCCCUGCUAUGAGAGCAGCAGUGAAGACCACAGACAUGAUCUGAUGCUUAUUCGACUACGUGGUUGGGCAUCCUUGGGGUCCAAAGUGAAGUCCACCAACCUGACGGAUCACUGCCCUCGAUCUGGCCAGAAGUGCACCAUCUUGGGCUGGGGCACAGUCACCAGCCCUCGAGAGAACUUUCCUGACACCCUCAACUGUGCGAUAGAAAUCCUUCCCAAGAAGCAGUGUGAGGACGCUUACCCUGGGGAAGUAACAGAUGGUAUGAUCUGUGCAGGAGACAGCAGUGGGGCUGACCCAUGCCAGGGGGAUUCCAGGGGCCCGUUGGUGUGUGGUGGCGUUCUCCAGGGCAUCACGUCUUGGGGAUCAGACCCCUGUGGGCAGCCCGAGAAACCUGGCAUCUACAUCAACGUCUGCCGCUACCUGAACUGGAUCAAGAAGACAAUGGGCAGCAAGGGCUGAUUCCCCUCGAUUCCCCUCAAUAAACUCAUAACCCCCACCUGGCUCCUUGCCUGUCU